AUGGAUCAAGGCCUUUCAACAGGGGCCCAUCAGAGAACUGAUGGGCUACGAGAGAGAAAUGUACGCGCUGAUUCAACAGUCAGUCGCGAGGCUUUAACAGCCACUGGGGAGAUCGAGGCCAAAGACAAGGAGGGCAAUGAGCUGAAGACCUUUGGACGAACUCCCGAUGGAACCGUGUUCACGGUCCCACAAACCCACGACAUGGUCUCCCAGCUGCUGUCGCCCUCCGAGCCCAAGAAUUUCGGUGAUCUAGUGGUGCUCGUUUUACUGGCGGGUCAUAUCUUGUUCCUCUGGGCACUCCCCGCGGGCGCGAAGAUCCCGGUUUUUGCAGUCACCUACCUUUUCUGGCGUUUCGCUUACAAUGGAGGCAUCGGGUGGCUGCUGCAUAACCAGUCGCACCACAAGACACUACUUCGAUGGGCGGAGAAGACCAAGCUCUUUGUCAACCCGGCCACUGGAGAUAAUCCGCAUCCCAAAUUGUAUGCGUGGGUCAAGCGGGAAUUGGAGACCAAAAUCCCGCAGGAUUACUCGUUCGACGAUGCUCCAAUUGAAUACAACACCUGGCUGGUCUUUAGGCGGCUCGUGGAUCUGAUUCUCAUGUGUGAUUUCACUUCUUACUGCCUCUUCGCAAUCGCUUGUGGCCACCAACCCGUGGAUGAGAAUGUGUUCAUGACCGUCUUGCGCUGGUCCGCAGGUAUUGUUUUAGUGCUUUUCAACUUGUGGGUCAAACUAGAUGCCCAUCGAGUAGUCAAGGACUACGCUUGGUACUGGGGAGAUUUCUUCUACCUCAUCGACCAGGAGUUGACCUUCGAUGGUGUCUUCGAAAUGGCCCCGCAUCCUAUGUACUCCGUGGGCUACGCAGGCUACUACGGAAUCUCCCUGAUGGCCGCCAGCUAUAAAGUCCUCUUCAUCUCGAUCAUUGCCCAUGCAGCUCAAUUCGCCUUCCUCGUCCUCGUCGAGAACCCGCACAUCGACAAGACCUACAACCCGCCACCACCCCGAAAGCGCUCUACCUGUGCGGAUUCCACCGCCAACCUACUCGAUCUAGACACUCCAAACGCGCCAACCCCGUCUGAAGAUCAACCCCCCAACGCGACACCCUCGUAUUCCGCUAAACCGCCCCAGGCCGUUCACAACCUCCUGGGGCUCCACAACUUGGACUUGCAUAGAACCACGGAUUCCUCGAUUAUGCUCGUUCAGCUUCUUGUAUUCUCCAUCACGGCCCUGACACCCUCAACACCAGGUUACCAGUUCCUCUUUGUCACUCUCGCCCUGGCUUCCCGAAUUUGGUACUCCGUAGGCAUUGGGUAUCUGCUUCGAAACCAAUCUAACACCAAAUCCUGGACUCGGCAUUUCGUCAAGUAUGGCGACACACCGCACGAGGCCUGGAGCCAAUGGAAGGGCACUUAUCACAUGAGUAUGGUUCUGUGUUACUCCAGUUUCAUUGCCGCCGUGUGGAAAAUGUACACCUUCCCGGCCGACUGGGGCUACGGGCUUGUCUUGUUCCGUCACAUCCUGGGUGCUGGUCUGAUCAGUCUUCAAAUCUGGACCUCAGUCAGCAUCUACGAGUCCCUUGGCGAAUUCGGCUGGUUCUACGGCGAUUUCUUCUUCGAUGAUUCUCCCAAACUCACCUACAACGGCAUCUACCGUUUCCUCAAUAACCCCGAGCGCGUCCUUGGUCUCGCAGGUGUAUGGGGCGCUGUCCUCAUUACAAGCAGCGCCGCUGUCACCUUCCUUGCUUUGACGAGCCAUAUCCUAAGCCUGGCUUUCAUCCAAUUCGUGGAACGCCCUCACAUGCAAAAGCUGUACGGUCGCAGCCUUCGUCAGGAUGCAGGUCUUGUCAAGAGCCUGAAGCGGUCUCUGCCUCCCUCCCUCCAACAACUGCACGGCAGUGUUGACAAGAUGUUCGAUGGCUCAUUCGAUUUCAUCGAAGAAAUCCUGGAGACUGCGCGACCCAAGCUUGCGGCCGGAGUAAACACCUUCGUGAAAGAUACCACCGCACUUUUCCAGAAAUACCCUGCCCGAGUAACCAUCUCUCGAAUCGAUGCUGAUCUAGCCGGAUUCGAGCUCAGCGAUUACUCCCUCUCCCUGGAAGGCACCGAUGGGGUAUCCUUCCAGGAUAGCGAGAAAACCAAGGGCCGCGAAGGCGCAAACGCCCGCAUGCCCUUGGACCGACGCGGCGACCUCAAGGACCUGACAUUCGAAUACGGCUCCCCCAUCAAGGUGAAGUGGAGCGCCCCCCUCAACCACAGCAAAAAGGACUGGAUCGGUCUCUACCGAGUUACAGACAACACUUCACGCGAGGUCACCCGGGUCUCAUCGCAAGGCCGCUGGGUCGCCACGAACCAGGGCUCCUACGACAACCUGACAUGUGAAAAGGGCAUUCUCAGCAGUGAUGUGAUCAUCCCGUCUUCCGAGCGCAAAGACAAGGAAGACCGCGAGUUCGCAUCUGGCGAAAUCCUCCUUUCAGGCGAUAAGCUCUUCUGGACACAAGGCGUUUUCGAGCUUCGUUAUCACCACAACGGCAUGCACAAUGUCAUGGCUAUUUCGAGACCUUUUGAAAUCCGCAUUCGUCGCUUCGACGCAGAUGAUAAUAUUGCCAGUGGCGAUUCACUGGCAGAGUUGGCUGUCGAACAAGCCUUGCUACCUGUCGUCCGUAACUGUUUCGACCGCGACCCUGAGAUUGCCCCGGAAACUGGUGAUGAGCAGUUCGGCAGUCUGGUGGAACGGGAUGGCAAGUUUGCCAAUCGGGUUGUCUUUGCGGUUCAUCAAAUGUUUGGUAUCGAGCUAGCAGCCGAGGUCGUCAAGGCCGAUGGCAACGUUCGCAAUCUUGCAUGGAGAAUUUGCAAUGCUAAGAAAGUUCUCGCCCCUUACAGCAUGUCGAGAUCGAAUGGAACGACGACCCCCCUCGACGAGGGCAAGGAUUAA